UGGAGGGCUGUAUUGGAGGGUGUCUGGCGAUGAGGGGCUAAAAUGGGGGAUCUCGCCCCUGGGCACUGCGGGGCUAGGUGUGUGUGUGGGGGGUCUCCCUGGCUGCUGGAGAGCGGGGUGUGGGGCUCUCCCCCGGAGCCGGUGCAGGGCAGGGAGCGGAGCUGGGGCCGGGCCGGGGGCGGGGCGAAGCAGCCGGAGUCACCGGCCCGGCCGCGCCCGGCUCAGCAUCGCCCGGACCCGCCAUGGAGCCGGCAGCGUCGGAGGAGUGCAGGUACACGUACGAGCAGCACAAGGAAACAGCCGACUGGCUGCUGGAUCACACCAAGCACCGCCCCAGCUUGGCCAUUAUCUGUGGCUCUGGCCUCGGGGGCCUGGCUGACCAGGUGAAGGAUCCAGUGGUUUUUAACUACACAGAUAUUCCCAACUUCCCCCAGAGCACAGUGGCAGGCCAUGCGGGGAAGCUGGUGUUCGGGACGCUGGCGGGGGUAAGCUGCGUGGUGAUGAAGGGCCGGUUCCACAUGUAUGAGGGGUACCCGCUGUGGAAGGUGACGUUCCCAGUGCGGAUCUUCCGCCUGCUGGGUGCAGGGACCCUGAUUGUCACCAACGCGGCUGGAGGCCUCAACCGCGGGUAUCAGGUGGGGGACAUCAUGGUGAUCCGGGACCACAUCAACAUGCCUGGCCUGGCUGGCAUCAACCCGCUGAGCGGCCCCUGUGACGAGAGGUUCGGGCCCCGCUUCCCCGCCAUGUCAGACGCCUAUGACGAGCAGCUGCGGGGCCUGGCGCUGGCAGUGGGCAAGGAGCUGGGCUAUGGCCCGAGCCUGCACGAGGGCGUCUACUGCACCUUGGGGGGGCCCAACUACGAGACCAUUGCUGAGUGCCGCUUCCUGCAGCAGCUGGGCGCUGACGCUGUCGGGAUGAGCACGGUGCCCGAGGUGCUUGUGGCCCGGCACUGCGGCCUGCGCGUCUUCGGCUUCUCUCUGAUCACCAACAAGUCGGUGCUGGAGUACGGGACCCGGGAGAAGGCCAACCACGCCGAGGUGCUGGAGGCCGGGCGCCAGGCUGCUGUCAAGCUGGAGCGCCUGGUCUCCGUGCUGCUGGAGCGCAUGAAGGGCAAAGGUCUGGUGUAGCCGGGGGGGGGGGGGGGGGGGGCACACGCCUCCAAUGCAAACUGCUGCCCUGCCCCCUCCUUUGCCGCUUGCUCUGCUAGCCUGCCCCCCACUCUUGAUUUUGUGGCCGUUGCUCCCGGCUCCCAUGUACGCUGAUCUGAGCCCAGAGCCCCCUCAGGCAGCCCCUGACCCCCAUCCCUUCCCCCAUGGGGGGUGUCCGAGCCUGGUGUCCUGUGGCGCUCGAACCAUGGCCGCUGGAGUCCCGCAGACCACGGGAUUCCCGCCCAAGCCCGUGUCUCAGCUCCAACCCCCAAUACCGCCCCCCUCCAGGGAUGCAGCCCUGGACGCUCCGCCCAAAACCACCUGCCUCGAUCGCUGGCACUACCGGGGAGUGUCACCUGGCCGGUGACCCCGCAGAAGACCCUGCAUUCGGGCCCGUAGGCUGAGAUGUGCGGGAACGCCACUCCUAAAUCCCCUGGGCGAUUCGCCUAUGCUGCCCACUCACAGACAGGGGAACAUCUUGGGGGUGUUAUCCAAACCCCCUUUCUCACAGCUGGUGCCCCGCUGGGGAAGGACCAACCCUCAGCUCAGUGCCGAGGAGGUGGGGAUGGCUGCCCAGCCCCGUCUGGGCGCCAGGCCAUGUUCGGUGCAGGUGGGAGCCGGCCCCUUCUUCACAUUCCCACGUUGGACCAUUCUGGCUGUUCUGCAGUGAUGUGAUGUGUUACCAAUGCUCAGUUUGCAGCUGGGAUGAUUCAGAGCUGUCACAGAAAUGGGAAGCCCCCAAUGAACUGGGAGUUUGGCUCCCCUAAUACCAGGCAGCUCUGCCCCUCCCCGCCCUGCUGCAUUUUAUCAUAGGACCACUCCACGGCUGCAUUCUGUCAGUUGCGCGCAUUGCUAACAAUACAACAAUGACAGAACAA